AUGGCCAGCAAACGAAAAUCCACCGUGCCUUGCAUGGUCCCGGCGAGAGAGCCGGAUAUGGAUCUAGAAGCCGUAUCUGAUGCGGAGGAGGUGUUACCGGUGAUGACCUCUGUGGGAAGCGUGUCAAGCGACGAGGACUCUCGAGAAUGUGCUGAUUCAGACAGCCAGGCAAAUAAAAAAGUUGAAGGCGGCUACGAAUGCAAAUAUUGUACCUUCCAGACUCCUGAUUUAAAUAUGUUUACUUUCCACGUGGAUUCUGAGCACCCCACCGUCGUCCUGAGCUCCUCUUAUGUCUGCCUCGAAUGCAAAUUUGUUACCAAAAGGUAUGAUGCUCUUUCGGAACAUAAUACCAAAUACCAUCCUGGAGAGGAGAACUUUAAACUGAACAUGGUGAAGCGCAACAACCAAACCAUCUUCGAGCAAACGGUGAACGAUCUUACUUUUGAUGGGAGUUUUGUCCAAGAGGAGAAAACGGGAGAAGAAUCGGAGGGCUCAGAAAGCCACUUGACCGGCAUCUCCAUCAGCAAAACCCCCAUUAUGAAAAGGAUGAAGAAUAAGAACGAAACAAAGCGAAUUGUGGUUUUUCACAACGCAGCCGAGGAUGAUCCUACGGAAGAAAAAGAUGGCGACACCGAUGUGGAGUGUGAGGAAAUAGUAGAAAAAGGAGCCACUACAAGUUCAGACACCAACACAGAUAAUUCCUUAGCUGGGGAAGUGGCCACCAAUGUUCUGACCCCCACCACAGUGAUUCAGCCUGCUCAGGUGAUCGCCACCCUCGCGUCUCCACCGACGUCUAAUUUAAUUUCUAAAGUCUUGAUCCCUAUUAACAGCAUCCCAGCCUAUAACACCGCUUUGGAUAACAAUCCUCUCUUGCAGAACACUUACAAUAAAUUUCCAUACCCAACCGUGUCGGAAAUCGCGCUCCUGGCUACUCAAGCUAAAUAUACCGAGGAACAGAUCAAAAUCUGGUUCUCCGCCCAACGCUUGAAACACGGGGUGAGCUGGACCCCAGAAGAAGUAGAGGAGGCAAGAAGGAAGCAGUUUAACGGCACAGUGCACACCGUUCCUCAGACAAUUACUGUGAUUCCAGCACAUAUUUCGGCGGCUAACAACGGUCUACCUUCCAUUUUGCAGACUUGCCAAAUCGUCGGCCAACCGGGCCUCGUCCUUACGCAAGUCGCGGGAACCGGCACACUUCCCGUGACGGCCCCCAUCGCAUUGGCGAUGGCAGGAAUUCCAAACCCAGCCCAACUGCAGAAGGCCCAGGGCCAAGCUACACAGCCUGUUCCCGAAACUAAGCAAGUUGCGGCUGUUCCCGCGCCCCAGCUUACAAAAUCGGAGGUGGUGGCGGCUGCAGCUACCACCAACAUUGAUACGGUUGCCGUCCGGGCGAAGAAGACGAAGGAGCAGCUGAUGGAAUUAAAAGUCAGCUAUCUCAAAAGUCACUUUCCUCUUGAUUCAGAGAUAAUCCGGCUGAUGGAAACCACAGGAUUGACAAAAGGGGAGAUUAAAAAAUGGUUCAGCGAUACCAGGUACAAUCAGAGGAAUUCAAAGCACAAUUAUCACAAUCAUCAAAACAGUGAUUCCUGCACUAUCGUUAUCGACUCCAGCGACGAAACGAGUGAAUCUUCCGCGCUGAUCCAGCCACACCAGAAGCAGCCUUCUGCAGCCUCGGAUUUGAGCUCUCAGAAGUUCAAAGACAAAAGCGCGGAGCAACUUAAAGUCCUCCAGGACAGUUUCCACAACCACCCAGUCCUUUCUGAGGAUGAACUAAGCAGGGUAUGUUCAGAAACAAAGCUGACCAGGGAAGAGAUAGAGGCUUGGUUUGCAGAACAGAAAAAAUUGAGUGGUUCUGGGGAAGAAGGUGAGGAAAUGAAUGCAGGUCAUGCCGAGAGUCAGAAGGAAAUUGCUGCAGCGGAAACCUCUGGAGGUGAAGGCUCUGGAGCCCAGAAGGCAGGGAAGCAGAGCAAAAAAUCCCCGGAGCAAUUGCACAUGCUCAAAAUGUCAUUUAUCCGAACUCAAUGGCCUUCCUCCGAGGAGUAUGACAAGUUGGCCAAAGAAACGGCACUUCCUCGAACGGAGAUCGUGAGUUGGUUUGGGGACACCCGCUACGCCUGGAAAAACGGUGGCUUGAAAUGGUACUACUACUAUCAAGGGAACAAUGCCAACAGUGCGAAUGGUCAGGGCCAUUCCAGGCGGAGGGGGAGGGGAAGGCCCAAGGGGAGGGGUCGGGGUCGGUCACGCGGGAGGCUGACAUCCAACAAAAGGAUCAAACUCUGGGACCAAACCCCGGUCAUCAAGUUUAAAACUGGAAAAGCAAUCCUCAAGGAUUAUUACCUGAAACACAAGUUUCUUAAUGAGCAGGAUCUUGACGAACUGGUUGCAAAAUCACACAUGGGCUACGAACAGGUCAGGGAUUGGUUUGGAGACAAGCAGAGGCGAGCCGAACUUGGCCUUGAGUUGUUUGAUGAAGAAGAUGAAGAAGAGAUGCUAGAUGAGCAGGAGGAGGAAGAGGAGGAGGAAGAGGAGGAGGAAGAAACAGAUGACAGUGACAACUGGGAGCCCCCACGGCACGUUAGGCGUAGGUUGUCAAAAUCGGACUGACUUGGACAUCCUUGGGCUUGUCGGGACCCAACCUUGCCACGUAAUUGGCCU